UCUGUUAAAAACAUCUUCAUGCGAUUUACCCCGCAGUUCUACGUAUCCUAUAAAAACAUCUUGAAUUUCACUAUUUAAAAACCCCUGUUUUUUCUUCCGCCGAACCUGAACGAGUUCUUGUUCUUGGCGUUCGAAAUUGCAAGAAGAAGGGGAUUCGGAGUACAAUCUACGGGAAGAGCAAUGCAAGGAAGGAGCUAGUUGAGAGCGAAGGAGAAGGAAGGUUAUUCGCUGGAGAUGGUUUUGCGGAGGCGCCGUCGACCCGACCGGCGAGUGGCACCGGCGUCGAAGUUUCUCUCCGCCGCCGCUCUCCUCUUCCUCCUCGUCCUCGCCUUCCGCUGCUUCCUCGCCUUGUCGUGCCUCUUCGACCGCCACCGCCCACCCUGUCGCUCCAACUCCUCCUCCUCCUCCUUCCCGAGUGGGGGAGAGAGCCGAGCGAUCGACCUUUGGGCCUCCGAGACGUCCAAAGAUUUCUACGGGUGCAGCCAUGCCAGCAUUGGUUUCUCACCUGCAGGCGAGAACACACUUCCCAAUAGGUAUUUGGUGAUCGCUACUAGCGGAGGUCUGAAUCAACAAAGAACAGGGAUCAUAGAUGCUGUUGUCGCAGCUAGACUUUUGAGAGCGACCCUUAUCGUUCCUAUCCUGGAUCAGACAUCCUUCUGGGCGGAUUCGAGCAAUUUCAGUGAGAUUUUUGAUGUCGACUGGUUCAUCAACUCUCUGUCCGAUGAUGUCAAGGUUAUCAAACAACUCCCCGAAAAUGACGGCGAGGGCAUUUGGAGUCCUCAUACGAUGCGUGUUCCCAGAAAGUGCUCCGCAAUUUGCUAUCAGACUCGAGUUCUGCCCGUGUUCAUGAAGAAGAACGUUGUUAAACUUACAAAAUUUGAUUAUAGGCUCGCGAACCAGUUGGAGACAGAUCUUCAGAAAUUGAGAUGCCGAGUGAACUAUCAUAGCUUGAAAUUCACAGACCAGAUACAAAAUAUGGGCGACAAACUGAUCCAUAGGAUGAAUGCUAAAGGCAAUGACCACUUCAUUGCCCUUCACUUGAGGUUCGAAGCAGAUAUGCUUGCCUUCUCUGGAUGCUAUUACGGAGGAGGAGAGAGAGAAAGAACUGAAUUGGGCGCAGUACGCAAACGAUGGAAAACGUUACGUGCAAGCAAUCCCGAAAAGGAACGCAGGCAUGGUAAAUGCCCGCUCAAGCCUGAAGAAGUCGGGCUGAUGCUCAAGGCACUGGGCUUCGGAAGGGAUGCUCAUCUCUACGUGGCUUCCGGCGAGAUCUAUGGCGGAGAAGAAAGACUAGCACCUCUCAAGGCAUUAUUCCCCAACCUUCACUCCAAAGAGACCUUAGCCACCAAAGAAGAGCUGGCGCCGUUCUCGUCCUACUCGUCCCGAAUGGCCGCACUCGAUUUCAUUGUUUGCGACGGCGGCAGCGUAUUCGUGGCCAACAACAACGGCAACAUGGCCAAGAUACUGGCCGGCCGAAGGAGAUAUUUCGGGCACAAGAGGACGAUAAGGCCGAACGCGAAGAAGCUACACACUCUGUUUCUGAACGUAACUGACAUGCCCUGGGAAACGUUCUCAUCGAGAGUUCGUGCGUUCCAGAAAGGUUUCAUGGGAGAGCCAAACGAGGAGACAAUUGGCAGAGGAGGAGGAGGAGGAGGAGGAUUCCAUGAAAAUCCUUCAGCGUGCAUAUGCGAAAAGCAUUUUGUGCCGUAUUAUCUCCGCGCCGAGUUUGACAAGAGAGCGAAGAGGAAGGGAAACAAGAGCUCUGGGGAGGUGACAGGUUACUUUUCAGGAGGAGACAAGAAUUUGGGGUGGACUGAUUUGGUUUACGAGGAAACUGAGAGUCCCUCCAAUGGCACAGACUUGGAUUAUGAUGAACUAAUCUAGAAGAAAUAGUCCCACAUCCCUCGAAACGAAUAACUAGUAUAAAGUAUAAUGAUAAUUGUUUAAUCUUAAAUGAACAG